AUGAAUUUAUUCAACGACACCACCACAGUCGAUAUGACAAAAUUAUACCCCAACUACAAACCAGUCCCCUUCGACAACACCUACGUCCUCUACGACCCGCAAGACCCACUAUCCCUAAUCUGCGUCCAUCUAUCAUUAUUACCCAUCUACAUAAUGAUCUUCUACACAUCCUGGUUCUUAAUCACCCGAGAAAUCGAACCAGUAAUAAUAGUGGGUGGGCAUUUAUGUAAUGAAAUUGCCAAUAAGAUAGUUAAACGAUUAUUCAAACAUCCUAGACCUGAAUUUCAUAAAGAUUUCGGAAUUGGGUCAUAUAGUUUAACCUAUGGGAUGCCAUCGGCUCAUUCUCAAUUUAUGGCAUUUUUCGCCGCAUAUUUUAUAUGUAUUGUUAUGUUUAAGGUGGAUCAUUUAUCAAUGAUUGGGAAAUUGGGAGGGUGUGGGGUGUUGGUGUUAGCGAUGGUUCUGGUGGCAUUUUCGAGGGUAUAUUUGUUAUAUCAUACAAUUCCUCAGGUUGCGGUUGGGAUUAUGAUUGGGUUUGUGUUGGGGUUGGGGUUUUUUGUUGUUAGUUCAAUGGCAAGAGAACAACCUAACCAACUUAAACACUACCUAACCGGUUAA